AUGACGGACAUGGAACGGACGAUUUUGGACCAUUAUCAGCUCUCGACUCCAUACCCCAAUGAAUGGCCGGCGGACAAAGAUACGAGUGAUGGUUCAGAUGAGGAAGACAAAGCUCCCAAGUCAAAUCAGAACCGCUCCGUGGCUGCAGCUGCAGCGCGCAGAAAGUCCAAAUACUUCGCCCUCGAAAGAGCUAGUGAUCGUAGAAGUCUUAUUCCAAACUCACAAAAGUCCGGCGAUGGAGUAGAGAAUUUGGUCCAAAGGGAUGAGCAAGAUCCUCUGGGAACUACCGAUAGUGUUGUUAGAAUUCUCCGGCAACAAGGUUUACCAGUGCAGGAUGAUAUAGCAUUGCGCAAUAGGUUCCUCUUGUCGUCUACAACAUUCUCACCCGCCUUAUUCCUCUCGCAAGUUCAUUCCACCGCCUCUACGCAAGAGCUAUUACGAGGACUAGAUCUACUCUCUAGAUCAAUUGACCAGAAAUCCGCUUCCCUAAAGGUUCUCGUCGAAUCGAAUUUCGAGCGCUUCGUGCGUGCCAAAGCUACAAUAGACAAUGUUUACACAGAGAUGAAAUACCGAGGGGUUGAACCACCUACGGCUUCCCGUGCAAGACCUCAUUCCCGACAUGCCAGCAGAAGUAGUUUCCGAGCGAGUAGUGGCAAUCAGAUUGGAAUGAUGACUCCGGCGCCUGUGGAUGUCAGAAAGAAGAAUGCGUUGACGAAAGAAAGCGAGUACGGUGUGCUUGGGAUCAAGACUCCCCUUUUAGACGUCUCAGCGAAGGCAGAAGAGGUAUGGGGUCCCGCAUUGGGUGGGAGAGAGAAGGAAGAUGGUCUGAAGGUUAUGGCUGGGACGGUUGAUCGAUACAAAGAAUAUUACGAGGUCAACGCUGCUAUCACUGAUAGUAUCAAGAGAAAGGAUUAUGAAAGCAUUGUCGAAGAAUACACAAAAGCAAAACGAUUCGCAGAUGAUGCAAAGAAACUUACUGAAACCUUGGGAUCUACACCACCAACUGAUCCUCAGAUAUACCAAAUCCUUCUAGCUGCGCGCGUAUGGCAUGAUGUUGAAAAGCAGAUCGAGGACUUCAAACGCGAUAUAUGGAAGAGGUUAUCAUUAGCGCAAGGUUCUGGUAGAACAGACGGAUUCCUGGGCGCUCAGCAGGAUCAACAUAUGGAACUGAUUGGGAUAUUACUUGAAUUAGGAGUCACGGAUAAUCCUAUUUGGGUUUGGUUACUGAGUCGUUAUGACUACCUAAAGGUCAAGAUUCAAAUAACUUCGGAUCGCUCAAAGGUAGAGAUCGAGAUUCUACGACGACGACUGGCUAGUGCGGAAAAACCUGUACCUCAAAUCAUGGCUACUCAUCUGCGGUCGCUUGGACGCCAAAUUGUAGACAAUAAACAGGUUUCAGUCGAUUCACCAGAUAUCAUCGAGCUAUGGGAGAAGACGAAUUCUUUCCUACACAGCAUGUUUUCCACAGAAGGUGUUCUUGGCGAAGUGACAGAAUUCUGGCAGACUGUUCAGAGUUUCAUCGAUGGUAGAGCGCAGAAAGUAUUACCCGUAGGCAUUAAUGGGAAGUCUCGAGAGCAUCAUAGGCUUUCUAAUGAGAAUAUUGUCAGCCUGGAACAAGGAACAGUUGAGCUCGUAGACAUGCUCCGGGAAAGUGUAUACGAAUUGUUCGUCGAUCCUCCAAUUGAGGAUAUUUCAGCGCUGUUUUCACCUCUGCCACCGACCCCACGUACACCGAUCCCAAGAACUCCCAAUUCAUUAACUCCGUCUGCCCUUCGAGGUUCUCAAUUCACGUUUGAUCCCAAUAACUUGCCAUCCCCAUCUCCUAGACGAGGUGAGGCCUGGGAAAAAUUUGCAUUCUGGCCACCGUGGUCAAAUUCCGCCAGCGGAGUCCAUUAUUUAGCCAAAUUCCUAGCGCUCGUAGGAUCUGGCGCAAGCGAGAUGUCAGGAGUGUCACCUGUUGUCAAUGGAGAUGGUUCAGCCUUGGAAAGAUUGAAGGCUCUUGUUGGAGCAGCGCGCGAAAGAUGCGUGACUGCAAUACUCGCAGCUUGGAAUAAAGAUGUCGAAAACAUCAAAGUCCUGGAAGAUUGGAGGCGUUCUCCAGAAAAACGAGAUUUGACCAGGAUGCCAGCAAAUUUCAGUGCUUUUGAAAGUGCAAUCCUUUCAGGUAUGCAAAAGAUUCUUUACAUUUCUGAUGCAACAAUUAAGCCAGGCUCGGCCGAGAUCGUUCUUCCUCCACCAGCCAAGCUCUUGCAAAUGGUUCGUAGUCAAUUUGUGACGACCCUUUAUAAAGCGUUGAGUGGGAUGGUAGAGAAUGCAGAAAGAUCUGUCAAGAAACCAGAAGAUGAUUGGACGGCUGAUACUGAUGGUUUGGCUACUCCUGUGGCGAUGGUUAUUGCCACAAGCAUGGGUGCUGGAACUGUCGAUGCUAGUGAUCGCAAUGUUCGGAUGCUUUUGACCCUUAGCAAUCUACAAGCACUUCGUGUCGAUGUUGUUCCAAAUCUUACAACACAAUUUGAGAACGCUUUCUCCGUCAAGCUUACAGAGGAAGCUAAGACAAUAAGAGAUGUCCUCGGACAAAUCGAUGCUCGUCUUUUCCAAUCGUAUACUAAGCCUACUGUCGAGACUCUUCGCGCCAUUGUACGUCGUGGAGUUCUAGCACCGGAUUGGGCGCCAACCGAACAACCAAAAGAAGUUCGUCCUUAUGUAUACGGGGUUCUACUAUGUCUUGUUAUCAUUCAUACUCAAGUCUCCACGACUGCCUCAUCUCUCACUGCUCAAGUUCUUUCUUAUCUCUUAGAACAAGUAUCUCUGGAAUUUUUAGAGGCCUUCAAACAACGCCAGCGAUUCCCUCUCAAUUCUCUCAUGCAAGCUACUCUUGAUAUCGAAUUUGUCGCACAGACCAUGAGUCAAUAUACCACGGAUCGAGCAACUGAGACUUCGAGUCAAAUUUAUCAGGAAUUAGAUAAGGGAACAGAUGGUGAGGCCAGAGCAAGGCUACAAAAGAUAUUGCCAGGUAUGAGAGUUGAUUUGAAGAGGUUGAGGGAGGCGAGUAAGAGUGAAUUUGCUUGCUUCAAGAAAGCGAGGAGUGGAAAUAAGACAGAUAGAACAGUUAGCACUAGUACGCAAAACACCAUUUAG